UUACUACAAGCUUCAGUUGUGUAUUUGCCGUGAGAGGAGGAGGUUGCGUGCUGAGAGAGAGUGAGUUGCUGUGGACUUGGCCAGUCAGGGCGACGGCAAAAAUGUUACCCCUUGCGAAUUAUGAGAGGGUUCCAGUGCCCACCUCGACCACUACAGUGUUUGGAUCUAUGCUGGUCAACGAUAGCUCCAAUACGCCAUAUUCUGAUGCCACACAGACGAAGAAACACCCACCCAACCACAUCAAACGUCCCAUGAACGCCUUCAUGGUCUGGUCGCAGAUGGAGCGGCGGGAGAUCAUCAAGUUUGCUCCCGAUAUGCACAACGCCGAGAUCUCCAAGCAGCUGGGACGCCGCUGGAAGCUUCUGUCGGAGGAGCAGCGGCGACCCUACCGCGACGAGGCUGAACGUCUGAAGCAGCUGCACAUGCGCGAAUACCCGAACUAUAAGUACCGGCCGCGCAAGAAGGGCCAGAAGGCCCAGCUGAAAGGUGUAACGGAAAAGAAUGGCGGCAAGGUCACCAAGGUCAGGGACCACGGCCACAGCAAGGACCGGGCCGCCAAGAGUGUUGUUAAUGUGAUCAGUAACACCCGCAUCACUCACACACACGGCCUCGAAGUCGAUCACAACAAGCUGGGGAUCAAGAUCACCAUCGACGACGACUUCAAGAGGUCUCACCGGAUGCCACAGACCGGUGUCAUGGCACUAACCCCACCGUCGCCGCCAGAAGUGCCCGCCAGCCCUCCCUGUGACCUCCCAGAUUCACCGGAGAGUGCCUCCAUGUACGAAGAUCAGCCGGCCUUUUCUUACAACCCUGCUGUCACCGCCCAGUACCAUUCAAGUGUUACAGCCACCAGCACCAACAGUCUGUCCACUCUUACCACAUCCAUCCAUAGCGCACUCUCCUGCCCCAACACAAUCAAGCAGGAACCAGAGGAUCUUCUUUAUGAAGCCGUUUACACUCCACAGAGUCUAGCGUCCCCUGGUCUCGGCUCUCCACUAAGUGAAGCUCCAACCACACCUAACUUUAAGACAGAGAUUAAGAAGGAAAUACAGAGUCCACACGAGUUUUCCAAUGAAAAGCCCACAGAUCAUGCCACUCUUGAUGACCUGUAUAGUAUCACAGAUUUCAUCCCCAUCACAGACAUAAAGAUGGAUUUGGAUUCCCUUGAUGCAGCUGACAUUGACUUCGAUGCCGUCAGCACAAGUUCGGGUUCCCACUUCGACUUUCCUAGUGUGACUGAGGAAACUGAUCACCUUUUGUCAGAUUGCGGUCUUUCCCACACGUGGAUUGGUUCCAGCAAUUUCCUGCUAUAGGCAGGGAGGCCGGAACUUGUGCAACGAGUGUUGAUUUUUAUAUAAAUAUAUAUAUAUAUAUAUUUUCUUUCGUGUUUACAACGAAAGACAGACUUAUCUGUCCAGCAUAGACUUAAAUGUACUCUAGUGAAGUCAUUAGUACACGAGAGACAUGUUGGACCGGGACCAAUGUCCUAACCAAGCUUUCGAAGCCUCCAUAAUGGUGCCAGUGCCUUCAACCAUUGUUUCCUAAGAUUUUUCAACAGUACCACAACAGACCAAGCCAGCCAGCCAGAGUUACAGCAUUGUGGUCAACAAAAUGGUGCACAAAAAUAAUGUCGUUGAUAAAUUGACUAGCCUCAGUUGCCAGCAAUGUACAGUUUCCUCUGAUGUUUCUCUCGUGGAAAACUCCCAGUGAUUGUAAGUCAUUUUAACUUUACUGUGUAUGAGGCUUUUCUGUGAUGUCCUUUUUCUUGAAUAGGCCUAAGUGCAAAUGGACGGUUUGGAGUUUGAUUUCUAAAUGAACUGUUAAGAAUUAUGAAACUGCUUCAGUGCUACAAAAUACAGGCAGUCGGUUUUAUGGAGGGAAAUAGUGUGUGUGUACAUUAAAUAUUGUAAAGAUGAAAGGGGGUUGGAGAAGCUACACGUUAUAAUCAUACCCCGCUUUGUGCUCCUGUCUCCACCAUCUUGUGAAGGGGCGAAGGUCAUUGUAUCAACACAUGACUCGCGGAUACUGUGGUGGUACAUGUUCCGAGUCACCCCAAGAGACCCAAGCUCUCUAAGACUGACACUUCAACAUCGUCGAUGUCGAGGGACGGCGCUACAAGAAGCACAUCUGGUCGAGGAUCGUAUGCGUGUGUGAUGGAGACCGGUCGACUGCAGUGCAGGUGUGGGUUCGACAGGCAAAUGUUUUGAGGCAGAUCGUCAGUGUUCAAGACAUCAUUCGCCCCUUUGGAUGAUGACGUCCGCCACCUUGUUUAACUGGACAGAUGUGAACCUCAGACAAGCUUGAAGACCUGCCCCGGACACACACUGAUUCCCCAGCGGGCAUUGGACACAGUUUGAGUGACGUCAUUAGUGCAAUAAACAAAUGGCAGUUCAGUGGCGUUUCUUGUAAAAAAAAAGAUAAGAAGAUAGUUUGUAGUAUUUAUAUAUUGUUACAAGAGUUUAUUAUCGUUAUCCCAGUGAUAGAGUAAACAAUGAAGACUUUGUUUUAUCCACUUUUUUUGGUUUAUGUGAACAAACAAAAAUAUAUUUUUGUUUGGGGGGAUAAGGGAUUUUUUUGUUUGAUAGUUAUAACAUCAUAUUGAGAUGUUGUACCUAUAUGACGUCACUGGACUUGUUCUUUUAACCCCACCUGAUGCUGAUGAUGUCACUGCUCUUGAGUAUUGAGACCCCAUUAAUCGGAAGAAGAAGAAGAAAAACGGUGUCAGUUUUUGUUUGAAAUUCUAGUCAGUACAACAUUAUUACUUUGCAAUAGAAAUAACAACUCAAAUAAUGUUUUGUCAUGUAUUUCAAUUUGAGACAGCAAUUAUUUGAUAUGUUUAUUUAAUGUUCGAUAUAUGUUUAAAUCGUUCAAAGUUUAUAUAUAAUUUUUUUUUUAAUCGGUAGAAGGAAAUUCCUGUACAUUAUAAAUUGGUUUCACAUCAAAACAAAACAAAAAAAAAUAAUAAAAAAUAAUAAAAAUAGUUGCUCAAAAGGUGUAAAAUUCAGUAGCUUUUAAGACAAGACUUUUACAAAAGAUAACAUCAGAAAUUUUCACACAAAUGAUCUCAUUCUCUUCAGCGAUAAACCCAUAAAUUACUUAGUUUGUACUUUUUGUUACUUCAUUAACAUACUAUUUACUCCCCCCAUCUUCCCCACCCCCUCGUCCUUUCUUUCUCUUUAAGACGUUCCUUCCUUUCUUCCUUCCUUCCUUCUGCCUGAAAAAAAAUAAUAACUUAUAUUAUUGAUCAUAUUUUGUACAUAGUGUUAUAUUAAAAAUAUUCCUUGUACAGUUAUACUAUAUGGCAUUUCUUCAUUAAGAUAAAACUACAGGUUUUUUAUAUAUUUUGUAGUGGUAGCGACUGUAGGUCUCGUGCCCGGGAAGACGGGCAUGAGAAACAAAUACAUUUUUAUAUGUUUCAAGUGAU